ACCCUUUGCACAGCCCUCACAGCCUUGACAUAUCUCUCAUUAAGUAGCAACGCCCGUUACGCCGUUGUUAAUUUAAAUGAAAUACUCAUAGGAGUUCAACCGCAAGCAACUAUGUCUACCCAAGCGCAGUCUACAGUUGAUUUAGACGAGGCCGAAACAUUAGGACUACAUCCUCACUCUAUUCUACAGGAGUUCUUUAUGCAAAAUGAUGCCUUUAGAAGGCUUGCCGCAGCAAGGGAAAGGGGGUGGAAGAACGAGCGCGGAGACGAAUAUUUUGCACGACAACGCCGCGCGGCCGAUGGUGCAAAGAAUAAAGAGGCUUAUAGGUUAUAUAAGAUGAUGCAAGAAAUCGGAGACGAGAUGCAAAGCUGCACCCGUUGCCUUAGUCAACAGUCCAACCCUGAAGGAAAUAUGAAUAUUUUAGAUAUCUGCAUGGCGCCGGGUGGCUAUACAGCUAGUGCAUUAAAGUACAAUCCCAAGGCAACUGCUUUUGGGAUUAGUCUCCCAUUACAGCAGAGCGGCCACAAGGUGCUCCUACCGCGCUCUAGCUCGACCAUGCUCUUCCUCGACGUUACGAUGUUGGGGAAGGAGUAUGGCGUGGAGAUGAUACCCCUCACGCACCCUGAUCGCACCAGCUUUCGCGACGAGAGGCCAUUCUGGGGCCAGACGUUCCAAUUGAUAUUUUGUGACGGCCAGGUACUUCGGACGCAUGAGCGCCCCGAAUAUCGAGAGCAUUAUGAAGCACGUCGCUUGACCGUUUCGCAGUUGAUUUUGGCACUCCAGCGCAUUCGAUCGGGUGGAACAAUCGUUGUCUUAUUACAUAAGAUUGAGGGAUGGGACACCUUAGAGAUUAUAUAUCGCUUCAGCAGCUUCUCUUCAGUCCAGGUAUUUAAACCCGCGAAGAAGCAUGCGAAGAGAUCAUCGUUUUACCUUGUCGCAAGUGGUGUCCAACCCCAUUCAGAUGCUGCAAAGCUAGCGGUUGAGGAGUGGAAACAGGCCUGGUGGAAUGCAACAUUUGGUGGCGAAAAUGGAACGGGAAGUCGAGAUAGUACAGCUAAGGAGGACCAUGUCCGGCUUGUGCUGGACCAAUUCGGUAGCAAGUUCGUGGAGUUGGCUAGGCCAAUUUGGGAGAUUCAGGAGAAGGCAUUAAGCUCAUGGAAACCUUAAUAUAAUGGCGUAGCUAAUUACGUUGGAGAGGGUGGU